AUUGAGAUCUUCGCAUAGUCUCCAGACUCGACCAGCUGAAAUUGCAUUGUAAUACAUUGAGCUUCUGAGACGGAGCUGUUGUUGGAAUGUGCUUGAGUAGAUCAUUUUGUUGUUUACGUUGAAUAUCCAAAGACUAUCGGAUCUAUAUCUAUACAUGUUGUAUUAAAUACGUUUCGGGAAUUGUGUCAUUUGGAGAAUCAUGGACCGUGAGUGGAGAAGCGAUUGGGUUUUAAAUCUCGUCAGCGACUAUUCUUCUCUCAGUCUCACCUCUUGUCCGAGAGCUUUUGACUGAGCCGAUCCAGCUAUAUAGGCUGGAGCGGGUUUUGAUUAGUUUCUGCAUCAAGUCAAGCUAUUUUCCACUCGUUGGGUGAAUAGUUAACUAAAGCGAAAUUAUUUGUAUUCAAAUAGCCGAGGAUUUGUAUUCAAAGAGCCCGAGGUUUCUUUCAACUCUUAAGUUCAGGAGCUGUCCAGCUUGACCGUCAGACUGACCAGUUACUCAGUUGUCCAGAAAAAUGGAGUCUGUUAUUGAGAAGGAAUGCAGUGCACUGGGGGGACUUUUCCAGAGUGUGAUAGGCGACAUGAAAAACAGCUACCCCAUCUGGGAAGACUUUAUCAGCAAGGCUGGGAAACUACAAUCUCAACUCAGGGCGACCGUGGUUGCAGCUGCAGCGUUCCUGGAUGCCUUUCAGAAAGUGGCUGACCUGGCCACCAACACACGAGGAGGCACCAGGGACAUUGGUUCAGCUCUAACCAGGAUGUGUAUGAGACACAGAAGCAUCGAGGCCAAGCUCAGAGACUUUUCAAUGGCUUUCAUAGACUGCAUGAUCAACCCUCUACAGGAUCAGAUGGAGGAGUGGAAGAGAGGAACCAACACUCUGGAUAAGGACCAUGCUAAAGAGUACAAGAAAGUUCGGAGUGAGAUCAAGAAGAAGUCUUUAGACACUCUGAAGCUACAGAAGAAGGCAAAGAAAGCUGAUGCCCUGGGGCGAGGAGACGUCCAGCCCCAGCUGAACAGCGCCAUGCAGGACGUCAAUGAUAAAUACCUGCUGCUGGAGGAGACGGAGAAACAGGCCGUCAGGAAGGCCCUCGUCGAGGAGAGGAGCAGGCUGUGCACCUUCGUCUCCAUGCUACGACCUGUCGUGGAUGAGGAGAUCUCCAUGCUAGGAGAGGUCACCCACCUCCAGACCAUAUCUGACGACCUCAAGAUGCUGACCAUGGACCCUCACAAGCUGCCCCCCGCCAGCGAACAGGUGAUUCUGGAUCUGAAAGGCUCUGACUAUAACUGGUCUUAUCAGACUCCUCCCUCCUCCCCCAGCACCACUAGGUCCAGGAAGUCCAGUAUGUGCAGCAGUCUGAACAGCGUAAACAGUAGUGACUCUCGCUCCAGCGGCACAUCCCACUCUCACUCCCCUUCCUCCUCCUCCUGCUCCUCCCACUACGGCUACCGUAGCUCCACCCUGCCCCAGCAGGCCGUGGCACGACUGUCCUCCAUGUCCUCCCAUGACUCAGGAUUCAUCUCCCAGCCAGACACCUACACCUCCAAGUCACCAUCACCCAUGCCCCAGGAAACACUACCGCAGCCUUGCUCCAGCUCUGGCUCGUCUGAGGCCUCUGACACCUGCCAGUCUGUCAGUGAGUGCAGCUCUCCCACCUCAGGAGGGCCUCUGGCUGCAGUUGACAAGUUGUCUAACGGGUAUGACCACUACGGCGAUCACCAUCAUUCAGACUCUUCAUACCUGAUGGGAGGGGGCUCAGGCCUGGGGGGGUCCUACCUGAUGGGAGGGGGCUCAGGCCUGGUGGGUUCCUACCCCCUCUUCCCUCCCUCCUCCCAUUCCACCUCCAUCACCUCCUCCUCCUCCUCCUGUCCGUCCCAGUCGUGGUCCAGGCCGGGCUCGGCCCUGCUACCUGACUACCCUCAUUACUGCACCCUGGGGCCUAACAUGGUCCCCACCUCUAAAGUCCCCAGCUGGAAGGACUGGGCUAAACCAGGACCCUAUGACCAGCCCAUGGUGAACACCCUUAGAAGGAGGAAGGACAAGGAUCCUGUACCAGCAGACACCAGCUAUGCCCCACUACCACUGCCUGCUGGUGUCAUCCCAGCACCUGGGGGCAGGAGUUUACCACUGCCUGCUGGUGUCAUCCCAGCACCUGGGGGCAGGAGUCUACCACUGCCUGCUGGUGUCAUCCCAGCACCUGGGGGCAGGAGUCUACCACUGCCUGCUGGAGUCAUCCCAGCACCAGGGAGCAGGAGUCUACCAUUACCUCCACCACCCAAGGUGUGUGAGAUGGAGGCCCAUGAGGAGCUGGCUCUGGCCCUGUCCAGAGGUCUACAGCUGGACUCACACACACAGCGUUCCAGUAGGGACUCUCUACACUGUUCUAGUGGCUACAGUACCCAGAGUACCACCCCGUGCUGUUCAGAGGACACCAUACCUUCACAAGUGUCAGACUAUGACUAUUUCUCCAUGGGAGGGGACCAGGAGGUUGACCAGCAGGAGUUUGACAAGUCAUCCACCAUCCCCCGUAACAGUGACAUCAGCCAGUCCUACCGUAGGAUGUUCCAGUCCAAAAGACCAGCCUCCACCGCCGGCCUACCUUCUACGGCUGGCUCCGUCAUCAUGACCCCUGGGGUCGCCACCAUCCGCCGCACGCCCUCCACCAAGCCCUCGGCUCGCCGCGGGACCACCGGCCCCAUCCCCAUCCGGACCCCCGUCAUCCCAGUCAAGAUCCCCACCGUGCCUGGCCUAGUUGGGGGAGGAUUCCCUGGGGGGCUGGGGAUUCCUGGAGGACCAGGAGUAGGGGUGGAGGAACCAGAGGAGGCCCAGAGCCCUGAGUCUCCAGCCCAGGGAGAGGAGGGGGAGCUGGGGGUACUUCCCCUGGCGUUCUGGAGUGGUCAAGCAACCACCAACCCUCCCUUGGCCCCUCACCAGCCUAGGGGCCAGUGUCAGGGCGAGGGGGGGUCCCUGGAGGAUGGGGAGGUUAUGGAUGGUCAGGGGGGAAACAUGCUGCUGGUUAUCCAGAGAGGAGUCAAGCUGAAGAGGACCAAUACCAACGAUCGCUCAGCACCGCGCAUCGUAUAAGAGGAGAGCCACCGUGGCACCAUGCAGCAUCAGAGGAGGGUAUCCUACCUAGCUGUACCUAGCUAGCCUACCGCCUGCCCAUUGACAGGACAGACAGGACACAGCUCAUGUCCACUGCGCUAAGGGGGGGUCUCCUGUAUACUACUUACCGUCCAGCGGCCUCACUGACAGACGGGACAGAACAGAACUCAGCUCAUGUCCAUUCCAUGUGAUGCUGUGUGUGGUGACAGACAGAGCUCUGCUCGUCGUCUCAGACGGUGCAGAAGGUGGUCUCUUGUUGGACAGACAGUGGAGCAGCUCAGAGUUGUGUUAAUUAUGUUCUCUCUUAGUUCUGAAUGUGUAAAUAAUUAUGCAUGGUAUUUUCUCUUUGUUGCUUCCUGUGGCCCAGUUCUGUUGACUCUAGUCCUCCCACCCCCAUUCCUCCCCUCCUCAGUUCUGUUGACUCUAGUCCUCCCACCCUCAUUCCUCCCCUCCUCAGUUCUGUUG